AUGAGUUCAAAGACUGAUAAUGUUAAUUUAGAUAAAUAUGAUGAAGAACAAGUUAAGUUGAUGCAAGAAAUGUGUAUUGUAGUUAACGAAAAAGAUGAAAAAAUUGGGGCGGAUACCAAAAAAAAUUGUCAUUUAAUGGAAAAUAUUAAUAAAGGACUUUUACACAGAGCAUUUUCAGUAUUUCUUUUUAAUUCAGAAAAUAAAUUAUUAUUACAACAACGUGCAAAUGAAAAAAUUACAUUUCCUGAUCUUUGGACAAAUACUUGUUGUUCUCAUCCAUUAAAUACACCUUUAGAAUUAGAGGAAGAAGCUCAAAUUGGAGCACGUCGAGCGGCUCAACGAAAAUUAGAGCACGAAUUGGGUAUUAAACCGGAAAAAGUUCCUCUUGAUGAUUUUGUAUUCUUGACUAGAAUUCAUUAUUUAGCUCCCUCAGAUGGACUUUGGGGCGAACACGAAGUCGAUUAUAUUCUUUUUAUUCGAGGGGAUUUUACUUUUGAUGACAUUGUAGUGAAUAAAAAUGAAGUGAAAGCUGCUGAAUUUUUAUCUUUGGAUGAAUUACGCAAAAAAUUCAACAAUCCUGGCGAUUGGAAAUAUACUCCAUGGUUUAAACUUAUUUGCGAAAAUUUUUUGUUUAAAUGGUGGGAAAAUUUGGAUGAUUUAGAAUCAAGUAAAGAUGUUUUGACGAUUCAUAAAUUAGGUUUUUGA